AUGAUCUCAAAAGAAAUCUUAAUAAAAAAUAUUGAUACUCUACAAAAUGACAAACCUAAAGCAAACUGCUUUAAAUAUGAAAAACUAGGACAUUUUGCCAAGAAUUGCUACUCAAACACUAAAAAAGACUCCUUUAAUAAUGUAAACAAUUGGAAACUUAAAAAGAAAAGAUUUUGCUCACAAUGUGAAAAACCAUAUCCAAAACAUUACCCAGGAU